GCCGUAGGCAGCCAUGGCGCCCAGCAGGAAUGGCAUGAUCUUGAAGCCUCACUUUCACAAAGACUGGCAGCGGCGCGUGGCCACAUGGUUUAACCAGCCGGCCCGGAAGAUCCGCAGACGCAAGGCCCGCCAGGCGAAAGCGCGCCGCAUCGCCCCGCGCCCCGCUUCCGGCCCCAUCCGGCCCAUCGUGCGCUGCCCCACGGUGCGGUAUCACACCAAAGUGCGAGCCGGCAGAGGCUUCAGCCUGGAAGAACUCAGGGUCGCCGGCAUCCACAAGAAGGUAGCUCGGACCAUCGGAAUCUCCGUGGACCCACGGAGGAGGAACAAGUCCACUGAGUCCUUGCAGGCCAACGUGCAGCGGCUGAAGGAGUAUCGCUCCAAGCUCAUCCUCUUCCCACGGAAGCCUUCCGCCCCCAAGAAGGGAGACAGUUCUGCUGAGGAACUCAAACUGGCCACUCAGCUGACGGGACCUGUCAUGCCUAUCCGGAAUGUCUACAAGAAGGAGAAAGCCCGGGUCAUUACACAGGAAGAGAAGGACUUCAAGGCCUUUGCUAGUCUCCGCAUGGCCCGUGCCCAUGCCCGGCUGUUUGGCAUCCGGGCCAAGAGGGCAAAGGAAGCCGCAGAACAGGAUGUAGAGAAGAAAAAGUAGA